AUGGCGCAGGCAACUUAUGCAAUCCAAGGCAUUCCAUUGCCUACAGAACACCCAAAUCCCCCAUCUCGGAAAGAGGUCACGGCCUGGAUAAAUGACCCGAACAAUUCGCGCCAAGUCUCUCUGUUCAUGAGAGCUCUUACCGAGUUCCAGAAAUUAUCUCCAACUCAGGAUCGGCUUUCAUAUUAUCGAAUCGCAGGCAUUCACGGCAACCCUGAUGUAAGCUGGGAUGGAGUUGGCAACCCUCCUGGCUUGACUGGUUGGUGGUGUGCACAUAACAAGGAGACCUUUGUCACUUGGCACCGUCCAUACCUGGCACUAUUUGAGCAACGAAUUUACGAUACCAUGUUGACUAUCAUCGUGAGAGAUAUUCCUGAAAACAAAAGGGGACUAUGGAAAGACGCAGCGAAGGAAUGGCGCCUGCCCUACUGGGAUUGGGCUUCAAAGCAGGCAUACAUAAACGAUUACGGAUUACCACAGAUCUUCACUAAGGAGCGGAUCGAUAUUUUGGACAUUGUUAACGAUGAUCCUCCUACAAUGGUGAAUAUUAUUAAUCCGCUUUCGAGAUUCGCCAACCCUACUGGUGUCGCUAUGGGUGAUAAAAAGAUGGGCGAGUUUAGCCUUGUUGGAACCCCGUGGGACAAGGCAAUUGCAACCAGCAGGUGGGGUAUCGACCUUACGAAGCCUGCAGCUAGAUGGAUGAAUGGCAUCAAUAAUUGGAAUGAUGCCAAUAAAGCUAUACAGGGAGGGUCUGGGAUAACAACAAUUGAAGACGAGGUCUACAGAUUAUUCGCUACCAACUUCAGCUCCUGGGAAUCAUUUGAGUCAACAAAGUUCCACGCAGACACAAAUAAUGAUUACUUGUCGUUGGAGUUCGUCCACAAUGUCAUUCACGGAGCAACCGGAGGUGGUAAUGGAAGACUCGGGCACAUGGCCGAUCCUUCAGUUGCUGCUUUUGACCCUAUCUUUUGGUUCCAUCAUUGCAAUAUAGAUCGUCUGGCGGCGAUAUUUCAAACGCUCCACCCAGCUAUGUGGUAUAGCCCUACGACAGGAAUCGGAGCAGCAAAGCUUGAUCCUUUCCAUCGAGAUACGACAGGCGCGUCAUGGAGCUCCGAUGAAUGUAGAGACUGGAAAACCAGUCUCAAAUAUAAUUACGACGAUUUAUCAGUUCAAGUCUCACCAGUAGGAUCUGCUAGACUGUUCGCCCUCACUCCUGGCGCCACUAGCGACCGACAGAUGGAUGUUCAGGAUGACCUCUCAGUUCUCCGGAUGAAAAUCAACGAGAAGUAUGGUACCUUACGUCGAGAGAUUCAACGUGCUUCUGAUAUAAUCGGGAGAGAGAAUGACUAUACGAUUAACGUCGAAUAUGACCGAUACGCGUUAGAUGGAGCAUCCUACUACAUUCGCUUCUUUCUCGGCAUACCACCAAGCGAGGUGGAGUCCUUUGCUCGACCUGAAACCUACAUUGGCAGUAUGUUCACCUUCAGCAGUACUCUAGAGGGAACUAGAAAUACUGUACAGUGCCACAAUUGCCUUGAACAAAAGAGAGAAGGGGUAUUAUCUACCGCACAAAUCCCAAUCACGAAGGCGAUAUUGGACUUGGCCAAAGAUCCUGGCAAACCGGAUUUCCGCACAAUGGAACCAGAGGAAGUGGAGACUUAUCUUGAGACAAAUCUAACCUGGAGAGCAGUUAUUGCAAUUGAGGUAAGCCAUAGCACGUCUCCUCCAUACCUUUAG